GCGAAUCUUGGAGAGUGGUUAGCUAUGAUUGGGUUGAGUCAAUAUCACCAAGUCUUAGUCCAAAAUGGAUACGAGAACAUUGACUUUAUCACUGACAUCACGUGGGAGGACCUUCAGGAGAUUGGCAUUACAAAACUUGGACACCAGAAGAAGUUUAUGCUUGCAGUGAAGAAGCUGGCAGAAAUCCAGAAGGCCUCUGACGGUCGCAACACAUUGCGUAAAAAGCCUCCAGCCGCUCAGGAGGUGAUGACUAUUGAGAGCCCACCCCACGAUAGCGGAGAGUGUAUGUCCCCUAAAAUGAGCACUUUCCAGGACAGUGAACUGAGUGGGGAGUUACAGGCUGCUCUUACACGCUCUGCUGAUGUGCAGGAUGGCACAGAAGUGAGAACCAACAGCAGCCUGGGAGCACAACACCGAGCCCGCAGUCUGCAUGAGAACAGCAUGAACAAGAGCCGAGACACAGAGGAGCCUAGUGGGCCACCCAAAAAGGAGGCACGUACCAUGCGCCAGAGCAGCCAGGGGGGCCAGAGAAGUGUCUCAUCGGCGCAGGCAAAACCGCGUCAGUCUUAUUCCCAAGGUACAGGACCGCCCUAUACUCCACCACAAACGCCCACCAAAACAAAACCUCCCACCUCACAGACGGUGGGCAACCCACCGGGUAAACAAAAACCUAGUUCUCAGCUGCUUCAACAGACCGAAAAGCCCAUGACACCUCGUGCUCACCCCCAAUCCCCCACUCAAAGGUCCCAUCCACACCCAGCUGCCCAGCCUGUGGAAACUAUGGAAGCUGCACCCCAAGGACCUGCUGUCUCAGUACCACUCCUGUGCCUGCCUCCAGAAGGCAACAAAGCUUGCGAUGAGUAUGGUCUGCCUAAGAAACGUGCCCACAGCCUGAAUCGCUAUGCUGUGUCUGAUGGUGAGCAGGAGCGGGAUGAGCUAAAUGUGCCAGAUUUAGGAGGAAAGUAUGCCACAGUACAGCACCGGGUGGGUCGCAGCAACUCAAUGAAAGGGCAGGCAGACAAAAAUGUCAACCGAAGCCAGUCCUUUGCACUCAGACAGAAGAAGAAGGGUCCUCCUCCAGCUCCCCCCAAACGCUGUAGUUCAGCCAUCUCAAGCUCCAGUAGUAAUCUGACAGAAGUGCCCAAGGAGACGAGCAGUGGACCUCUUCUGGAGGUUCCCUACCAACCACAAAGACGUGCAAGUGACCUGGGUGGCACUGUAGACACGGGCAGUGCUGGUAGUGUGAAGAGCAUUGCGGCCAUGUUGGAAAUGUCCUCCAUUGGUGGGGGUGCCAAGGGUCUCCAUUUGCAGAAAUUUGCAGGUCACUAUCUGCAGGUGGGUUCUGCAGGAGCAAAGCAGCGUGAUGCCAUUGGACUGGAUGGAGAAGUAGUGAACCGUCGCAGGACUAUUAGUGGGCCUGUCACUGAGUUAUUAGCAGCUGCCAAGCGAGGACUAGAAAUGUCAUACUCUUUACCCCAGGAGAACCCUUCACAUGUGGAUGCCACAGCCUCGCUGAAAAGGAUGGUCCAGAGCACCAAGCAGCAACCAAAUGGCACCAAGUUCCAUCUCACAGAGUCAAAUACGGUUAAGCGCCGCCCCAAGAGCAAAGACAAAGAUACAGAAGAACUUCAGGAUGGGCAGAUGCCCGUACCAUUUGAGAAUGGGACUGGCACCAUUAAAAGGCGCCCUGUUUCAGAAGUGACUGUUUCAGAACAGCCCAGGCCACAGGAACAUCCUGAGAACUCACCCCGUCGGGACAGUGCAGACCUGGAAGGCCAUGUUACUGAGAGUGCCCCUCGUAGGUCCGUCAAACCUCCGGUGUCCCCCAAACCAGUUCUGGCCCAGCACAUGAAGAAACAAGGACCACCAGCUGCCAUCACCAAGAAAGCCCCAUUUCCUGGACCAACUGGGGCACCUGGCAGCCCAGGUACUACACAGUGCGGCCCUUUCACUUGCCCUGUCUUUACACAAUUAUUUGAAGGAAAGAAAGUACCUCCUCCAAUUUCACCAAAACCUACACCUCCUCCCACAGCUCCCAAACCAUCCAAAAAUGUUCUGCAGUCUUUAAAUGUGACACCUAAUCCCACUCCCAAGCAGACUGUCACCAGAAUGGCCAGCACAGCUUCUGCCCAGAACAACCACCCUGUCAAGGCUACAACCCCACCAGCCUUGAGUGUGCAGACCCCACACACACCCCAGUCUCCUCACACCCCACAGACACCUCAGACACCCCAAACCCCACAGACACCCCAAACUCCC